AUGACAAGUGCUGGAAACAGUGCAGAGAUGCACAAUCCCUGCGAGGAGGAGGAGGAGCUGUCAAAGUUAGACUUUCUCCGAGAAGGAAAAAGUCUUCCACGCACCGAGUGGGAGGGAAAAAAAACAGUAUUUGAAAAGUUUUUUCUUUCUUUCUUUCUUUUCUUUUUUUUUUCUUUAAAGCGGAAUAUCGUCUCUUUGUCAUGGAGUGACAGUAGUGCCAGCAGGAGCUUCGAAAACACGAUGGCAGCCCGUUUUCUUAAGUGGUUCAGUCUCACCUCUGUGCUCUGGUUGGGCUCCUGCGUCCUGGCGGAAAAGAAAGUAUGCCAAGGUGUCACCAACCGUUUCAAUCUUCUGGGUUCUAAAAAAGACCACUACCAGAACAUGGUGAAGACUUACAGCAACUGCACUGUGGUUCUGGAGAACCUGGAGGUCACCUACAUGGAGGAGCACCAUGACCUGUCCUUCCUCAGGUCUAUUGAGGAAGUGGGUGGUUACGUCCUGAUCGCCCUCAACACAGCCUCCAGGAUUCCUUUGGAGAACCUGCGCAUCAUUCGAGGUCAUUCCCUCGAUGAGGGCAAGUUUGCCCUUUCUGUGCUUGUCAAUUACAAUAAAACUACAGGCCACGGCACCACCGAGGUUCUUCUGACCAGCCUGACAGAGAUUCUUAAAGGAGGUGUAAAGUUUGGGAACAACGAGCUAUGCAAUGUGGAAACGAUACAGUGGUAUGACAUCGUCAAUGUUGACACCAAACCCACCAUGGAGCUCCCAGCUGCGAGCAACAACCCACUCUGUAAAAAAUGCCACUCCAGCUGCUUCAAUGGUUCAUGUUGGGCACCUGGUCCACAAAACUGUCAGACCUUAACCAAGCUGAACUGUGCACAGCAGUGCUCCAAGAGGUGCAAAGGACCUUCACCGAGUGACUGUUGCAAUGAGCAUUGUGCAGCUGGAUGCACGGGACCGAGACCCACCGACUGUCUGGCCUGUCGGGACUUUCAGGAUGAUGGGGUGUGUAAGGACUCCUGCCCGGGACUCAUGCGCUACGAUCCCAACCUGCACCAGCUGGUUCCUAACCCUCAUGGAAAGUACAACUUUGGGGCCACCUGUGUCAAAAGCUGCCCACAUAAUUAUGUUGUAACCGACCAUGGAGCCUGUGUACGGACGUGCAGUGGUAACACAUACGAAGUUGACGAAGGAGGGAUCAGAAAGUGCGCCAAGUGCGAUGGAUUGUGUCCAAAAGUGUGUAAUGGACUUGGAACUGGAGAACUGACUCACAUCCUGUCGAUUAACGCCACCAACAUUGACUCAUUUAAAAACUGCACCAAAAUCAACGGCAACAUCGCUAUCAUACACACAUCAAUUCACGGGGAUAAGUACACCAAAACACCAAAGAUGGAUCCCAUGCAGCUUAAUGUUUUUAAAACUGUUAAAGAAAUUACUGGAUACUUUUGGAUUCAAACGUGGCCAGAGAGCAUGAGCUCACUCAGUCCCUUUGAGAAUCUGGAAGUCAUUCGAGGAAGAACAAAACGUGGAAGCCGCAGUGUGGUUAUGACUCAGCUUAAUAUCAACUACCUGGGCCUCCGGUCACUUAAAGAAAUCAGCGAUGGAGAUGUGGUCAUCAUCAAGAACAGGAACCUCUGCUUCACGGACAAAAACCACUGGAGGGGGCUUUUCAAGUCAAAGAGCCAAACUGCUACUAUCGAGGAAAUUGCAGAUGCUGCAUCAUGUGCUCUGCAGAACAACACGUGCGACAGAAAGUGCACCAGCGACGGCUGCUGGGGCCCGGGCCCGGACAUAUGCUUCGCCUGCCGUGACUACAGUCGCGAGGGGAGCUGUGUUGACUCCUGCAACAUCCUGGAGGGAGAGCCACGGGAGGUGGUCAUGAACAAAACCUGCCUGGAGUGCCACCCCGAAUGUCGGCGCAUGAACGGGACUGCGACCUGCAGCGCACCUGGUUCUGGAAACUGUACCAAGUGUGCCAGCUUCCAAGACGGACUGUUCUGCGUGUCACGCUGUCCCCAAGGCGUGCCAGGAGAGGACGACACCCUAGUUUGGAAAUACGCAGAUGAGAAGAGAGUGUGCCAGCUGUGCCACAAAAACUGCACUCAAGGGUGCACGGGACCUGGUCUGGAAGGCUGCCACAUUAAACGCCCCCCAGGUCUUUCCAUGGUUGCAGCCGGGGUGGUCGGUGGGCUGCUGGCUGCUCUGAUUGCCGCCCUCUCUGUCGUCGUGUUGCUCCGCCGCCGCCACAUCAAGAGGAAGAGGACCAUGCGCAGGCUGCUCCAAGAGAAAGAGCUGGUGGAACCUCUCACUCCAAGCGGACAGGCACCUAACCAGGCUUUGCUGCGGAUCCUGAAGGAACCCGAGUUCAAGAAAAUCAAGGUCCUGGGAUCAGGAGCUUUUGGUACAGUUUACAAGGGUUUGUGGGUCCCAGAGGGGGAGGAUGUGAAGAUCCCCGUCGCCAUCAAGGUUUUAAGAGAAGCUACAUCUCCAAAAGCAAACAAAGAGAUUUUGGAUGAAGCCUACGUGAUGGCCAGUGUGGAGCACCCCCACGUGUGUCGUCUGCUAGGCAUCUGCCUUACCUCAACAGUGCAGCUCAUCACGCAGCUGAUGCCGUUCGGCUGCUUGCUGGACUACGUCCGAGAGAACAAGGACAAUAUCGGCUCCCAGCAUCUGCUCAACUGGUGCGUGCAGAUAGCUAAGGGUAUGAACUACCUAGAGGAGCGCCACUUGGUGCACCGUGACCUGGCAGCCAGAAAUGUGCUUGUGAAGACACCUCAGCAUGUCAAGAUCACUGACUUCGGUCUGGCCAAACUCCUCAACGCAGAUGAAAAAGAGUACCACGCAGAUGGAGGAAAGGUACCAAUAAAGUGGAUGGCUCUUGAAUCAAUCCUGAACAGGACUUACACUCACCAGAGCGAUGUUUGGAGUUACGGUGUAACAGUCUGGGAGCUGAUGACGUUUGGGACCAAACCUUAUGAUGGGAUUCCAGCCAGUGAAAUAGCCGGAGUCCUGGAGAAAGGAGAGCGCCUCCCCCAACCACCAAUCUGUACCAUAGACGUUUACAUGAUCAUGGUGAAAUGUUGGAUGAUUGAUGCAGACAGCCGGCCUCGUUUCCGAGAACUGAUAGCCGAGUUUACGAAGAUGGCUCGCGAUCCGUCUCGCUAUCUUGUCAUUCAGGGUGACGACUGCAUGCACUUACCGAGUCCCACAGAUACCUACCGCACUCUGAUCAGCGAGGAGGACAUGAGGGAUGCUGUGGACGCAGACGAAUACCUGAAACCACAGCACUCCUUCUUCAGCAGUCCGAGCACCUCCCAAACGCCACUGCUACACUCGACAAGCCUCAACAGCAGCAUCGGAACAUGCCACAGCAGAAAUGGCUUACUGAACGGAUUCCCAAGCAGAGACGGAAGCAUGGUUCUCCGAUACAUUCCUGACCCGACGGACGGCUUUUUAGAGAAAGCCUUCCAGCCCGCUCCAGACUACAUGAACCAGAAUGGAGUCUCGGAUGUGGCGAAUCCCAUCUACCAGCAUCCUGGUCCACCACGCACCCUUCUUCCCACCAUCUCAUCAGAUGAUACGGAGACGGAGUACCUGAACUGCUUUAAGAACGGGGCCAGUGGACCCGAAUACCUUAAUGAGUUCCCUUCUCCAGCCGUGGCCCCGCUCAGCCCCAACGGCGGGGUCCACAGCACGGAGAAAUGCCCGCAGAACAGCAUAAACAACCCAGAUUACCAACAGGACUUCACGCCCACCUUCAAGACCCACGCAAACGGACACAUACCAGCUGCAGAGAACGCAGAGUACCUGGGCCCAGACUGAGGACUUGGUGGAAUAAGAGAACAUUUAAUUGACUCUUUCCUGUUCCUCUGAUGAGAAAGGCAUCGUCUGUGGCUGGAAAAGAAAAAGAGCGGUACCAUCAGUUCUGACAUAUGUUGUCUUCUGGAAUCAGGCGACAGGCUGUGUCACUUUUAGGAGUGUUUCUUCUCUCCCUAGCUGCACUUGACUUUUUAUUUUUGAUGAAAGCAGGACCCAAGCUGAGCUCCACAUCCGUCAGUUGACCCGAGAGCUGCUGGACCAGAUAAACUCUGCUGUGAUUAUGCAACUCUCUCUACCAGGAAGGGAAGAUCACUAAAUAUUGUGGGAAAAAAAGAAAAAAAAAAAACCUCUGUGAUUCAAAUGUGUCGGUGGAGGAAAACCACGAUAAGGAUGUAAAUGCCUCCGUUACUUAGGAAGCACAAGUUCUGUUGCAUAAAACAGACUGGCAGCUCGACCCAAAAUCAACCUGAGGUACACACUUUUUCUUUCUCUUUGGUGAACUCACUAAAAACUCUUUGUGUGUGUUUCUUUGUGGUGAAACCAAGGAGAUAAGUGGAAGUUUUUUAAAGCAAGAGCAUACGUUUCAGGUGUUGGGAGACUUCAUAAGCCUGACGACACUCUUCCUGAAGGUUGAGUCAAGAAGAAAUCACCCUGCAAUGUAUUGAAUGUAGAGUUAGUAUAAAGGGGUACACUGGGGAGUCGGAUCAUUCGAAUAUGUUACCAUGAUGCUCUAAACAGGUCUGUGUGCAUUAAAAAGCCUCACCUUGGAACAAUAGUUUGUGUUUCUCCCCCUUCUGUGUCAUAUCACACUAACUAUGUCGAGAAUGUGACGGAAGAUAUGACUGUGGUCGUGUUCGCACUGUUUUGUAGCUCAGACUCCUUUUCAGCACUUUUGUAACACGAGGGAUAUUCAUGCAGACCUGCAAAGUUAGAUGAGGUUUAUAAGUUUGAAAACAGUUUUUUCCCUCUUCUCAAUCCUCUGACUAAUAACACCAGUUUCAGUUUUUUUUUUUUUUUUCUUUUUGGGGUGAUGUUUGUUUAUACACCACUGGCUGAGCUGUCAUUUGCCACGUGUGUAAAUUUUAGCUGCAGCAUUUUCUUUUUUUUUUUGGUGUGUUUUAGAGAUUCGAACAGUUGUGUCAUAAAUUAGGAAUGUCUUUUUCUUUUCUUUUUUCUGUUAACUUUUAUUUCACACACGGUAUUGACACCAUAUCUAUGAACCUGCUCCUAACUUUCAAGUCGUUUAAUCUUGCGAGAGCAUUAACUCUGCAAAUAUUAUUCCUAGUUUUAAAGGAAUACACCAUUGUAGCAGCCCGUUGGCUUACUUUUGCAGAUUUUACACAGGUACAUGUACAGGAAAUAGUGAUUAUCCUCAAUAUAGUACCCCAAAAUAGUCAUCUGUAUUUUGUACUCAUUAUAUGGUUUUGUCGUAACAUAUGUGAAUGCAAUUAUUCCUGAUUGUGGUCAUAUCAUUCAAAAAAAGAACAUAAAUAAAUCUUUUUUUCUAUGGAAA